AUGUUGUCAUUAUAUGUGUAGAUUGAGGGGCUAAUUGACUCUAUGAAUAUAAUAAACAAAUUAUUCCUAAUUAUAUAAUUGGUGAUCUUGACAUUCUUAAACCAGAAAUUUAGAACUAUUUUUAAUCACAAGGUUGCUCAAUAAUUAAAAUUGAUAAUUAAGAUGUGUCAGAUUAUGAAAAAACUAUAUCUUAUAUUUAAUCAUCAGAAAAUUCAUCAACUCAUUAUUUUAGGUUGCUUAACUGAAAGAUUUGAUUAAACUAUUAAUUCAUUGCAUACUUUAGUUAAGUUUAAUUAAUUAAGAAGGAUUUAUUCAAUUGUUCGAUAUUUUAUUAAAGGAAUUAUUACUUCUAAUUCUCUGAGAUUGAAUAAAUUUAUGAGAUUAAUCUAUUUUCAUAAGGAAAUGAAUAAAGGAUAAAUACUAAAGGAUUUAAAUUCAAUAUGA